CAAAAGGAGGAUAAUUAUGUAUUAGAUGUGCGACUGGGGAAUGGUGUAAGUGAAUUGAGAAUGCACACUUAUGAAAUAACAGAAGGGAGGGCUUGUCUACCAGUAGAUCAAUGAAGAUCACUCACAAUAAUAACCAUAUACGUGUAAUACAUGUAAUCAAAUCACGACAGGCUGUCUCCAAAGUCCUCUACCCUCCUUCUCGUGUCAUUCCCCCAAAUAUGUCUGACUUCGCCUCGUCUCUCCACAGACCUCCAGGACUGACGGGCAGUCCAGUCAUCUCAGACAUCUCCCUGAUCCGUCUGUCCCCCCCACGCCUUAGCCGGGACGGCGAGUCGCCGUUCAGCCCCCCCCACCCGUACGUCAGCCCCCACAUGGAGCACUACCUGCGCUCGGUGCACGGGAGCCCCACCCUGUCCAUGAUCUCAGCCGCACGAGGACUGAGCCCCGCUGAAGGUGAGAUUUCGGGGGCCAACCCCACCGAGUACUACCACCUGAUGGCCAGCGCCAGCCAGAGAAGCCCGUACGGCGACCUGCUGAUGCAGAGCAGCGCCGCAGCCGCAGCCGCAGCCGCUGCAGCCGGUCACCUGCCCGACUACAUCAGCCCCAUGGACGUCUCACGUUUCUCCAGCCCGCGGCUGACCCCCCGGCUGAACAGGAAGAGGGCCCUGUCCAUCUCCCCUCUGUCCGAUGCCAGCAUCGACCUGCAGACCAUGAUCCGCACCUCGCCCAACUCCCUGGUGGCCUACAUCAACAACUCCCGCUCCAGCUCGGCCGCCAGCAGCUCCUACGGGCACCUGUCCGUGGGAGGGAUCAGCCCCUCGUUCAGUUUCCCUCAUCCCAUCAACCCGAUGGCGUACCAGCAGCUGUUGUCCCAGCAGAGGAGUCUCAACGCCUUCGGCCACGUCCCUACUCUCAUUCAGCCGCCACCCUCCUCGUACUCCGCUCGCCAACACCCGCUCACCGCCUCCCCGAUGUCCACCUCGCACAACAUCUCCCACUCGGAGGCAAACCAGAAUGCCAGUGGAGACCCAGCAGUGAGCAGCACGGUCAACCCACUGAUCACCAAGAGGUCAAAGGUCAAGACGGAAGCUGAGGGUCCCCUGCCCAUCUCUCCGACUUGUCAGGACCACGGGGGAGGAAUCUUGGACUUGAGUGAGGAUCUGGAUAAAGACGAGUGCAAGCAGGAACCCGAGGCCGUAUAUGAGACCAACUGCCACUGGGAGGGCUGCAGCAAGGAGUACGACACCCAGGACCAGCUAGUCCAUCACAUCAACAACGACCACAUCCACGGCGAGAAGAAGGAGUUUGUGUGCCGCUGGGACGAGUGUUCACGGGAGCAGAAGCCCUUCAAGGCCCAGUACAUGCUGGUCGUCCACAUGAGGCGCCACACGGGCGAGAAGCCGCACAAAUGCUCGUUUGAGGGCUGUGCCAAAGCUUACUCUCGCCUGGAGAACCUCAAGACUCACCUCCGGUCACACACCGGAGAGAAGCCGUACGUGUGUGAACAUGAAGGCUGCAACAAGGCCUUCUCCAACGCCUCAGACCGGGCCAAGCACCAGAACCGCACACACUCAAACGAGAAACCAUAUGUGUGCAAGAUCGCGGGGUGUACCAAGCGCUACACGGACCCCAGCUCUCUCAGGAAGCACGUUAAGACCGUGCACGGCCCGGAAGCCCACGUCACCAAGAAGCAACGCAGCGACGUCCCCCCGAGGCAGCAGCCGCCCAAGGGCAACGGCGAGAACGAGGCGAACUCCAAGCACGGUGCAAGAGAGGUGGACGGCAACAGCACCUCUAGAGGCAUGGAUGACUGCAUUCAGAUCAAAUCUAUCAAGACGGAGACCUCCAUGACAUAUCAGUCCAGUCCUGGUGGCCACUCGUCGUGUAGCAGUGAGCCAUCGCCUCUCAGCAGCGCCAACAACAACGACAGUGGGGUAGAGAUGGCCAUGCACAGCGGGGGCAGCUUCGGGGACCUCAGUGCACAGGAUGAGUGCCCCAUGGUUGACUCCACCGUUCCUGCAGGGGGACACCUGGGGGGGAUGGGUCUUCAGUUGAGGAAAGCCGUGGGUCAUGGCGGGGUCACCAUCAAGCUGGAAAACAUCAAGAAGGAAAGGCUGAAGACCGUGAGGGACUCCUGCCCCUGGGUCAACUCGGCACCACAGCCCCCACAGGGCCAACGCACCAGUAUGAAGCUGCCUCCCAUACCUGCACUCGGUUCCCUGCUGGAGAGCUCCAAUGUGAUGACUAAUCUAACUGGUCUGCACAACAACCAACGCAUCGGCGACCAGCCUUCAUGUGAAGUCACUCUGCUGAACCAGUUGAACGAGCGGCGUGACAGCACCACCAGUACCCUCAGCUCAGCCUACACAAUGAGCCGCCGCUCAUCUGGUAUUUCCCCCUGCUAUUCCAGCCGCCGCUCCAGUGAGGCUUCCCAGUUUAGUCAUCACCGCAAUAACAAUAUCAGUUCAGCCGACUCCUAUGACCCAAUCUCCACUGAUCUGUCUCGCCGCUCAAGUGAGGCCAGCCAGUGGGGAGGCAGUGGUGCCGGCGGAGGAGGUCUCCCAAGCCUCCUGAGUCUGACACCAGCUCAGCAUUAUCGGCUCAAGGCAAAGUACGCUGCUGCUACUGGUGGAGCUCCGCCUACUCCUCUGCCCAACAUGGAGCGGAUGAGCCUGAGGACACGCAUGGCGUUGUACAGUGACUCCCAGGAAGGCUCGUCUCAUCCAUUCCAUCAGCCGCCCUCUGGAGCUGCACCCAGGCGCUGCAGUGAUAUUGGAUAUGGUGCCCAGAGCAUGAUGCCCCACGAGGUACCUGCCAGCCUCCCACGCCGUGCCAGUGACCCAGUGCGCCGUCCCACACUUGAUCAGUUCUCCUUUCCAAGGGUCCAGCGCUAUAACAGCAUGAACAGCAUGAAUCCCAAUAUCGGUCCAUCAGCUGCAGAACGCCACCAGGCACUGGCCAUGCAGGGCUACACUCGCUCUGAUGGCAGCCUGCAACGCUACCCAUUUGCCCCCAGACCACCUAGCAUUUCUGAGAAUGUAGCCAUGGAGAACAUGGCAGUAGAUGGAAUGAUGACCGGGGGAGAGCAGAAUGGGGACGAGGACAUGGUGCUUCCAGAUGAUGUGGUGCAGUACCUCAGAACCCAGAAUUCUGGCCAUCCAGGCAACAAUUCGGGGCAAGUGGACUAUCAUUCCAACAAUCAGACUCAGGGCUACCAGACAGCCAUGGCCCCACCAACAUCAUUUUAUGCCCAGAGGAGGAUGGCCAUGGUGGAUGCCACCAUGCGUCCAUCUGGUCAGGAUCUGCCUUUCUCAGCAGCAUCAGACAACCUGAACAAGAAUAACAUGCCAGUGCAGUGGAAUGAGGUGAGCUCAGGGACCGUGGACACCACAGCCAAGCUCUCCAGACAACAGCAGCAUCCUCCUAGGGGGAAUCUAGCUGUUGCUCAGCAGAGGAACAAUUUUGGAUCCUUCCCGACACAAGGUCUGGGUUUGGGUAUCAACCAGCAGGUAGUGCCCAUGAGUCAGAAUAUGUCUAUGCAGGGAUAUGCCAACCACAACAGCCAGAGGCCAAUGAACAUUAACCAGCAGCAGAAUCAACAACAGAGGCAAUGUAACAAUGUGAACUUUAGUGAUCAAAUGAGUCCUCAGCAAGGAUAUGGCCAAGAGGCGAUCCCAAACUCUAUAGCUGGGAGCACCAGCAUGAGGCCGACCCGCAACGGUGCCACAGAUCCAGAAUUGCAAACUUACAGAGCAAGGACACAGGCUGAUGGGUAUUCUCACAUGAACCAAGUGGAUCUCCAGCAUAAUUACAACGUUGUUUCUCAGCAGCAGCAACAGCAGCACAUCAUCCACAAUGGAGGCAGAGGAAUGUUACAACCUCGGCCUCCCACAGAGCCCAAGGCUAUCGCCAGACAACACACAGGAUCUAGCAUAGUGCAGCCAAGCCGAAUACCCAAGGCAACGCAUGACACUUCCGAGGCUAGCCCAAAGAGGCCCAGUGGGUCAGUGGCCCAAAACAGCAACUCUUCUGUGUUCUAUACAGGUCAGGUUCACAUGUUUGAGCCAACUUCGGUCAGCUUCGAUGCCCCCAUGUCCCCCUGUGCCAACCAGGCUCCUGCCGGCAACAACAGCGCAGCACCCAAUAUGGCUUCUCCAGGAGUCAACCAGGUCUCCAGCAGUACGGUGGAUUCUUCAACUGGUAGAUCUGGUGGUACGGAACACGCCCAGAUCGACUUUGACACCAUGCUGGACGAUGGAGACCACUCCAGCCUCAUGUCGGGCACCUUGAGUCCCGGUCUUAUGACGAGCCUCUCCCAGAGCUCCUCACGUCUGACCACACCUCGGAACUCUGUCACCCUCGCGUCGGUACCGGCGGGGAUCGGCAACAUGGCCAUCGGUGACAUGAACUCCAUGCUCACAGCUCUGGCUGAAGAAAGCAAGUUCCUCAACAUGAUGAGCUGAGAGCAAUCACCGACCUCAUCGUCCAGCCAGGCUUCACAUCAGGAAUAUAGAGACUACAGACGAAAGCACUGAUUGAACAAUGCAUACCGGUUAUUUCAUACACUUUUUCAUUGUCCGUAGUAAUAUGCUUAUCUUGUAAUAUUUGCUUCAGAAUAUAAUAUGUUACAUUAAAUGGAAUUGAAUAGAAAGUCAAGCUAAGGAGCAUUUUAUAUCAUCAUUUGUUAAAAAGCCAUACUUAUUAGCUACACAUAUAUGAUAGUCCAGGGAAUAUAAAUGACUCCACAAACAACUGCCAUUCAGUAUUUGCUGCCCUUUACAAAGUGGUGCACUGAGAGCAGUUCACUUCGUGCCUUGCUGAGGACAUCGAGCAUCUGACGUCGCAGAACAGGAAACGGACAUGAUAUGUAGAUAUCGGGUAAUAUUUUCUCAUGAAGACCUUAAUGUGUAUAGAUCAUACUGUAUGGUACUUGCUUUAAGUUAUGUUAUAGACUUUUCAUGUUUGAACUCGGGCUGUCAAAGCUUUAGUGGUGGAUUUUUUCAAAUGGCAUUCAUCAAAGCAUAUUACUACUUUGUUUAUUCUGUCCAUGUGCACAACUCAGCAUGUGAGGAAAGAAAAGAGAGUUGCACAGCACACGAUUGAAAUGAAUGAUUUGUAACCAGGUUUAAAACUAUAUCAUGAUUCAUAAGAAGAGCCACCGUUUUCAUCUGUAAUUUGUUUGCAGGAAAAAUUCACAGAACAACAUCAACACCAUGCAUGUAAAAAUUGAAACGUGCCUGUUAUGAAACAAACUGUAAACAUUGGCUGCUAUUGCAGUUUAUAUAUGCACUUAUUUCAAUUUUCCUCCAGCAUAGGAAAGUGCUAUCGUAGAAACCUGUCCUGUGCACAACGUGGGUUUUAAUGCUGGGAUUCAAUUACACCUAGAUUGUGGAAUAAAGGUGCAUGAGUAUCUACAGUUUAUAGAACAGAUUGAAGUCAAGGUGCAUGAUAUUUGAGACCUUUUUGACAAAGCGAAACAUUUGACAGCCCAAGUUUAAAACACAUGGUUGUACAAAAUUAUUGUCCAAGGAUAUUAAGUGCUUUUUUGAUCAUGGUCUGAGCUCUUGGGGACGGCACUGAUGAACCUGAACUGAUUUCCGUCUUUGCCCUGUGGAUCAGAGGAGUAAACUCUCCAUGGUCCAAUCUCACAAGGGUAAAUAAUUGGAAAGGACAAGGAUAUGCCUCUGGAUUAGUCCACCAGGGCACAUGAACCCCGUGUCUGAUGAAGAGCAUUCUCUAAAGGAAUAUACAAGUACCUCUGCGUGUUCUCAGUUGAGAUCCAACCCUAAUUAACACAUUCACGCCGCCUCCCCUCACUGCAUCCCAUGGGUUCUUCAUGGGUUCUGGAUGAACUGCAGAGAGACCAGGAAGGGACUCGGACUUUUAAAAGGAAAUUCUGCUUCUGACAGGAUCUCGUGAACAAGCCCUCCAUCUUCAUCCAUUUUACUAUGUUUGUUGAAUUUCUAAAUAGCCUUUCAAAUGUUUGUGUGUAUGCUUCCAUUCACUUUUACUAUGCCCAGUGUGUGCGUGUGUGUGUGCGUGCGUGCAUGUGUGUGUGAGUGUGUAUAUAGCUUUUGUACAUUUCAAAUAAACUAUCUCUGUUUUUUUCUGUUUAAA